CACACAGACAGACAACAGUGAGCGGCCGUAGCGGUGCAGACACACACACACACACACACACAACAGUGAGCGGUGGCGGUGCACAGACACACAGACAGCAGUGAGCGGCGAGAGCCCGGUGUCCCGAUCACUGGCCGGGACCGGCACUGUAACCGUGUUUGCGCUGAGAACAGAAAGGAACAACUUGUGCGCCUGUCUACAGAGAGCGGGAGCGGCGGGCAGCAAUGCUCCCACACUUUCUCCUGCAGACCAGGCAGAGCCUGAUGUUGCAUAAGUGUUUGGGGAGAGGAGUUCGCGUCCCCUGGAUCGACGCAGCUGUCAGGACGGGAGCGUGUCCCACCAGCCGGCGAGCCCACAUCCAGCCACCGGGCGCUGCAACACUGCCCGCCCGCAUCGGUGCACGCAGGGGACUGUACACGACAGCUAGCAAAAAUGGGCCGACAGAGAAUGAAGCCAGGAGAUCGGAGGAUGGUGAGGAUAAAAAGCUCAACAAAUCCCAGCAGCUGAAACGAGUCUUCAAAGAAUACGGAGCUGUGGGAGUGGUGUUUCACAUUGGGAUAUCACUGACUUCACUUGGAAUCUUCUAUCUGGCUGUUUCAAGUGGUGUGGAUGUAACUACAAUCCUUUACAAGAUGGGAUUUAAUGAAACAGUGGUGCAGUCCAGGAUGGCAGCUGGAACCAGUACCUUUGUAAUAGCCUACGCCGUCCACAAGGUCUUUGCCCCAGUACGAAUGAGCAUUACCUUGGUUUCGGUGCCACUAUUAGUGAGGUACUUUCGCAAGAUGGGACUUUUUAAAACUUCUCCUUCAAAACCAUGAAGAACUACCGAGGAAUCCCGUUUAAGACAUUAGGAUAGAUGUGAAGUAUGAGUAUAGUACAGUGAAACCUAUCCUGUGGUCACCCUCCCAGCCUCAGGCAUGUUCACUGCUUGAAAUUUAUUGGCAUUAAAUGCUGAAAUUGUCUUAACUUGAGCACCAUGCAGGAGAACAGUAGCUGCUGGGUAAAAUUAAUCCUGGUGACAAAUUCCAUGUGGCUAACCUGCAAUUUAUGGUGCUUGUGACUAUAUUUACAAGUUACACAAGGUACCAUAACAAUGUCAAAAGGACAAUCUGAAUGGAGGGAACAGAAUUGCUUGCUUUACCAUGGUUCUUGAAGACUAAAAGGAAACUCCAUUUCUUGGGCAUAUAUUAUAAAUGGUAUUUUUUUAAAUGGCUUUCAUAGGUUUAUUUAUAAAUGCAAUAAUUUGGCUGUUUUAAGAACCAUAUUACUCAUUCCUUCAGCAAGUCGUUCCUUGAUGAUCUACUUGAGCAGCCCUUUUGCUAAUUUUCCCAACGCUCAACUUAAGUGCAAGGCAGAAAUGACAGGAGGCCGUUUGAAUUUUUCAGUUGGCCCAUGGAAAUUUGUUAUUUGUCUAUUGUUAUUGCAAAUUGAGAAAGUGUUGUGUCAAAGUAAUAGAGGGCAUUGAGGAAACUACAACUUUAAUUUUCUCUUUCAAAUAAGAUAUCUAGAAAUAUUCAUUUUAAUUAAAUGCUUUGAUCCUGAAAAUCUAGAUAAUUGAUCAGGAAAGUUUGACACUACCAGCAUGUGCAAGCUUCGUUCCUGUCAUAGAUUGCAGGUAGUUGCUCAGUUCCAUAAUGUCCCAGCUGCUGUUCCUUAAAUGCUCCAGAGAACAUUCCUGAAAAGUUCAAGCUCUCCUUUCAAAGGUUUCAAAUGUCUUUUAUUGUCGCAUGUACCAAUUACGGUGCAGUGAUAUGCAAAUUACCAUACAGCAAUAUGAAAAUAAAGCAACAAGACACACAACGACAUAAAUGUUAACAUAAACAUCCACCGCAGCAGAUUCCCCCAUUCCUUAGUGAUGGAAGGCAAAAAAUGUCCAAUCUUCUUCCUCUUUAUUCUCCCGCGGUGGGGUCAGUCGAACCAUCCGUCUAGGCAAUCUAAACUCCUGCGGCUUGGAGUUCCCGAAGUCGGUCUCCGUGAUGUUAAGUCUGCAGGCACCCACAGUUAGAGAUCUAAGGUCGGCCACUCGCAAAGGGAUUGUGAGCUCUGCGAUGCUACUUCUGCAAGCGACCGCGGUGGAGCUCUCAAAAUCAGUCUCCAGCAAAGGCCACCAACUCCUCGAUGUUAGACCGCAGUGCGCACAGAUACGAUACGGAAAACAAAAUCCAUCUCCUUCGCGAUAAGAAAAAGUUUCCCAACUAUUUCCUCUCCACCCCCCCCCCACAUCCAUCCAUCAUGAAACAAGCUAAAGAUCACUAAAACAUACAUUAAAACACAAAGAAGGAAAGGACAGGGACUGUUGGCGAGGCAGGUAUUGCUGGCGCCACCCAGUGGUUUAUAGGCAGAGUAAAUAAAUCACAUUUUUAAAUUCAGGUUUAGCAUUUUGUUGCACUCUUGUAUAUAAUUUACCUUGCAGGACAUUUAGUUAACCAACUCAUAUUGUGCAAGCUGCAACAAGUUUAAUUCUUCGCCAAUGCCAGGUAGUAUCCAGCAAUGUGAUAAUACAGUUGUGCUGCAGGUUACAUCACUGAUUAAAUCUUGAAGUACUUAAAGUGAAGCACCACUUCAAAGGAUACACAUGUACCCUUCAAAGCCAUUAAAAUUGAAUUCCUUGAUCUAUGGAUUCCUGACAGAUGAUGCUUUUGCUGCAAUUUCUCAGAAAACAGGGACAGAAGGUUAACUUGAGUUAUUGUUUAAGUCCAGUGAUCUCAAGUAAACAUGUAAUAUUACAUGUGUUGACCUAUCGUGCAGAAAUGUGAGAUAAUUACUUUGAUCACAAAUUGUCAACUUGUUAGUUUGGAAAAGUUAGUACAUGCAAGUUUUUGACCCACAUGGUCAAAUGUCUUUAUUGUGCAUGUUUUUAAAUCCACUUACUGCAUUGGUUUUUUUCGUAAACAUUUCCAUUGAUAUAGGAAAGUGACUGAUAUGCUAAUAUUAAAAGAACUUUGGUGUCAUAUCAAAAAGAUAAAACAAACAAAUCUGCAAGCCUUAUUGAGCCAUUUCUGAUAAGUAAGAAGUAUGGCUAAAUUACUGGAUGAUCAGCCAAUGAUCUGGACAUCAUACCAGAAGCAUGAACCAAAAUCAGACAGGGAAUUUAGAGUAAAUCUGGAAUUAAAAAUAAUUGUUAAAGCUCAAUCUUGUUCACCAAUGCGCAAGGAAAACACCAUCCUUACCUGAUCUGGCCUAAUGCAUCUCCAAAACCAUCCAUUUGUUUGUUAAACUGCCUCAAUUUAGUGGCAAUUAGGGAUGGACAAUAAAUGCAACAUCCAGAUCCCAUGACAAAAACAUUAGUAAUAUUAAACACCAAUUCCUAUUCUUGCAGUCUCCAGUCCUUCAACUAAAGUACAUUGACCUUUUUGGAAAAUAGACUACCAAGCAAAACUUGACAGUCAGCCUUCACAUUUAACUGCUGCCGACACUAAUCCAGAGGACAGCACAGUUGCUGCCUCAAUGCCAGAGGCCUGUGCUCAAUUCUGACCUCAGGUGCUGUCUGUAUGGAGUUUGCAUGUUCUCCCUGUAAAUGCACAAAUUUCCUCCCACAUCCCAAAGACAUGCCAGCUUGCAAGUUAAUUUGCCUUAAAUUAUCCUUAAUGUGUAGUGAGUGGAUGAGAAAGUAGGUUAACAGAACUAGUGUACAUGGUGAUUGAUGAUCAGUGGACUCUGGGCUGAAGGGCUGCACCACUAAACAUUAAAACAGAAUUAGCAAAAAAAUAACAAUUUCAUCCAUCAGAUUCACCAACUUGGGUGAUGGCUAACUGUCAAUUCCAAACUACUUUACUUGGCUAUUUUAAACAACCAACACAAAUCCUCAAGUUGCGAAUGGUCAUACCGGAAAUGUUCUUGCUUCAAGCUUUAGUGGGAGCUAAUAAAGGCACAUUAAAUGGCUGAAGUAUCAUGGAAACUAUAACACUUAAGAGUACAGUGGGCAGUUUAAGAUUUCUUUGCAUCUCAAAAAAUAGAAUAGUCAACCAUAAACCUGCCUUUAUUUAAAAUAUAUACAUUUUCCCUUCCUGUCUUCUCCAGGAUCAGAAUUGAUGGUCCAUUUGUUCAGAUUUCUUUUAUCAAUGCCACUGACAAAGAAUAAUUUUCAGACAGCACCAUAACUAAAACAACCAUGGCAUUUGAUUUAAGGGAUUAUAAGCCAAGCACAUUAAUAAUUGUGAGUCUGAAACAGCAUGUUAUACGAGCAAUAAUCUCAGAGUAAUUAAAUAAUGCAUAACAGCACCUAAAGAGCUCGUGAAACACUCUAGGGUUUCACUAUGCAUUUUAAAUAAAUCUGGUGUUUGGACUUUAAAAUUAAAGUAGCUGACCUUGACAGUUCAAUAAUGUUGGCAAGGCAAAUACUUAAGCAAUGGUCAAAUCAAGUUUGUUGUACAAUGUUUUUAUUUAUAUCCACUUUGGUGAAUUGGCAUCCUAUCAAACUUUGCUGUUUGUAUUGUUUACACAAAAUCAAAAGCAAAAAUCAUUUGUUACUAAAGCUUUAUUUUCAAAAGUUGACUGGUUUGAAAUACAAAUGAAACUACCUGUACAGUAAAUUUAUAUUGUGAACUGCAUACAUUUGAAAGUGUGGUAUUUGUAAAUAAAAGUUCUCUUUUAUUGAAA